GUGGGAACUGGAGUUGGAGUGGGGAUGGGGGAGCGAGGCCCUACAGAAGAGUUUGAGGUUAGCAGCAGGAGCGAGGUUAUACAAAUCUGUCCAAUUCUAAUGCUUACUACCUUAUAUUGCUCCUUUUGUCUAUGGUUCAGAGUGGGAGCUGGAGCGGGGAUGGGGGUGUGAGGGCCCUACAGAAGAGUUUAACGUUGGAGCAGGAGCGAGGAUAUAGUAUGCACCGAAAAAAGGAGCGAGGAUUUACAAAUCAGUCCAAUUCUAAUGCUUACUACCUUAUAUUGCUCCUUUUGUCUAUGUCUUUCCACUGCAAGCAUGGGAAGGCAUAUCUCUUUGAUAAGGUUGUGAAUGUCACCUUCGGAGACAAAGAAGAGCGGAUGAUGAUGACUGGAAUGCAUAUUGUUGUUGACAUAUUCUGUGUUGGAUGCGGCUCAAUCGUGGGGUGGAAAUAUGAGGCUGCUCAUGAGAAGAGCCAAAAGUACAAGGAAGGGAAAUUUAUUCUUGAGAGGUUUAAGAUUUUGGGUCCUGAUGGAAGUCACUAUAUGGAUCAGGAAGCUCAGAUUGGUGGAAGCGAUCCUGAUGAUGCUUGAUUAGCCUCUCCCUUUGUCUUGUUUUCUUUCUUCAUUAGUUUCGGUUAACUGGUUUUUAACUGUACAUUCUUUGCACCUUGCCAUUCUUAUUCUACCCUAUUAGUUUCAAUCAUAUUUUUGGAUUAGUUGUUGCUAGAGACCAGUUUUGCAGAACAGUUAGAAUCAUAUUCAGAUUCUAGUAGAUUUUAUUAAUAAAUUCUGUUUAAGAUGCAUC